GCUCGGCCCGCCCCGGGAGCCGGCCCCUCGGAGCCUUGGGCCCUGCAAUGGGACGUGUUCUCCUUUAAGAGUUAAGAAACUUGAAACCUUGUUUGCGCAACAAUCAGCGCCGCGGAGCCGCCAAAGUGUCUAGACUGGCAUAUGAUGGGAGGCAGCCAAUGACUCCGCGGCGCUCCUCCGGGGGCCCUCAGUGUGCGUUUGAGGAGAACAAAAAAGAGAGAGAGCCGAGCGGGGGAGCGAGCGAGGGAGCCGAGCCGAGAGAAAGAGCCGCCGGGCGCUGCCUCGCCAGACCUCGCAGGGACCGCGGGGCCACCGAGAGGCACUUUGUGUGGCGGGGGGAGGGGGACGACCUCUGCAGCCGCGGCGCCCCGGGCGUCGUCCGAGCGCAGCGCGGGGCGGGCUGCGACCUCUGCCUCGGUGGAUUGCAUUUUUAAUUAAGGAUUCCCAACAGCUCUUUGGGAUUUUUACAGUUUCCACUCAUGUGUCGACACCCGCGUUGAGGAGAAACUUGCUCCAAGUGCAUCUAGCGCCUGGGACCUGAGACGGAGUUGGCUUUUCGUGCAUGCAAUUCCAGGAUUUUGGUUUUGUUUGGGCUUUUUUUUUCUUCUUCUUCUUUCUUUCCUUUCCCCCCCUUUUCUUUUUGCAGGGAGUAAAAAGGAAGCUGAGGGUAUCAACAAGCCGGCCUUUCGGAUCCUGCAGGAAAAGCCCAUGUAGUUAAGCGUUUGGGUUUUAAAGGCAGGGCUGCCGAGACACCUCUGGGGGCUUCGGCGCGAGCGCUUUGUGCUCAUGGACCAGCAGCGCAACUUUUGAAGGCUCGCCGGCCCAUGCGGGGUCUUUCUGGCGGAGGGCCGCCUGCAGUCCCCCUCCAGCGCCGGGACUGGAGUUGCUGAGUGGCCCGGCCGCCGGGGUCCAUGUAGCCGCUGGCCCCGCGCGGACUGAGGCUCGGCGCGCGCGCGUUCCCCGCCGUCCCGGCCCGGCGAGCUCCCUCAUGUUGCAGCCCUGCGGCGCCCCUUCGACGACAGGCUGUGCUGGAUCUGCACGGCGCCCGGCGGCGGAGCUUCAUGUGGGGCUGCGGCCCGCGCAGCCGGCGCCUCGCUGACGGAACGGACCCCUGGUAACCGGAGACCGCCUCCCCCCCCACCCCCGGCGCCAAAGGAUAGCGUAUGUUCAGGUCCAAACGCUCGGGGCUGGUGCGGCGACUUUGGCGAAGUCGUGUGGUCCCCGACCGGGAGGAAGGCGGCGGCGGCGGCGGCGGCUUCGACGAGGAUGGGAGCUUGGGCAGCCGAGCUGAGCCGGCCCCGCGGGCACGAGAAGGCGGAGGCUGCGGCCGCUCCGAAGUCCGCCCGGUAGUCCCGCGGCGGCCCCGGGACGCGCUGCUGCUCGGCCGCCUCUUCCGCUGGCCUGACCUGCAGCACGCCGUGGAGCUGAAGCCCCUGUGCGGUUGCCACAGCUUCGCCGCCGCAGCCGACGGCCCCACCGUGUGCUGCAACCCCUACCACUUCAGCCGGCUCUGCGGGCCAGAAUCACCACCGCCCCCCUAUUCUCGGCUGUCUCCUCAAGAUGAGUACAAGCCACUGGAUCUAUCUGAUUCCACAUUGUCUUACACUGAAACGGAGGCCACCAACUCCCUCAUCACCGCCCCGGGUGAAUUCUCAGACGCCAGCAUGUCUCCGGAUGCCACCAAGCCCAGCCACUGGUGUAGCGUGGCCUACUGGGAGCACCGGACGCGCGUGGGCCGCCUCUACGCGGUGCACGACCAGGCCGUGAGCAUCUUCUACGACCUACCUCAGGGCAGCGGCUUCUGCCUGGGCCAGCUCAACCUGGAGCAGCGCAGCGAGUCGGUGCGGCGCACGCGCAGCAAGAUCGGCUUCGGCAUCCUGCUCAGCAAGGAGCCCGACGGCGUGUGGGCCUACAACCGCGGCGAGCACCCCAUCUUCGUCAACUCCCCCACGCUCGACGCGCCCGGCGGCCGCGCCCUCGUGGUGCGCAAGGUGCCGCCCGGCUACUCCAUCAAGGUGUUCGACUUCGAGCGCUCGGGCCUGCUGCAGCAGGGCCCCGAGCCCGACGCCGCCGACGGCCCCUACGACCCCAACAGCGUCCGCAUCAGCUUCGCCAAGGGCUGGGGGCCCUGCUACUCGCGGCAGUUCAUCACCUCCUGCCCCUGCUGGCUGGAGGUGCUCCUCAACAACCACAGAUAGCGGCGGUCACCGCCCCGCCGCCCAGACACCGCCCCCCUCCCGACCACCACCACGGACGAGCCCUCCUCCCCCAAAUAUCAUCUACCUAGAUUUAAUAUAAAGUUUUAUAUAUUAUAUGGAAAUAUAUAUUAUACUUGUAAUUAUGGAGUCAUUUUUACAAUGUAAUUAUUUAUGUAUGGUGCAAUGUGUGUAUAUGGACAAAACAAAGACGCACUUUGGCUUCUAAUUCUUUUCAAUACAAAUAUAUUUUCUUUCUUUCCUCCUCCUUCCUCCUCUUUAUUAUUUUAUUUUAUUUCCUUUAAGAAAAUGAUACAGCAGAGCUAGGUGGAGAAGCCUGGGUUUGGUGUAUGGUUGUUGAAAUAUUAAUGCCCAGACAAAAAGCUAAUACCAGUCACUCGUUGAUAAUAAAGUAUUCGCAUUAUA